AUGUGGAAUGUUCAAGGCGCGGGGAAACAAGCUUUUGUAGCUACGAUGAGGGAGAUAAUUAAGAUAAACAAUCCUACUGUCAUUGUACUAGUGGAGACGCACUUAAGUGGAGACAAAACUCAGAAAGUUUGCGACCGGUUAGGAUUUUCUGGGCAGACAAGAGUAGAGGCUCAGGGAUUCAGUGGUGGAAUCUGGUUGUUUUGGAGAAAGGAAUUGGUAACAGUCACUCCUUACGAAGCUCAUGGGCAGCAUUUGACAGUAAAAAUAACUAAGGUAGGGGGUACCCCAUGGCUCUUCUCGGCAGUUUACGCAAGCCCUGAUUCAACCAUAAGGAGGGAUUUGUGGAAAGAGUCGUUGAGUGAGAGACAAGGAACAGGAGGAACAGAAAUGCAGAGAAGAUGCAGAAGUUUUUGUGAUUGGAUGGAAACCAAUGGGCUUAUUGAUUUAGGCUUCUCCGGACCAAGGCACACAUGGUCUCGCGGAGAAACUGAACUCACAUUCAAGUCGGCUCGUUUGGACAGAUUCAUGGCUAAUGAGGACUGGACGUUACAAUAUGAAGAGGCAACAGUUAAGCAUCUACCUAAAGCAUGCUCAGACCAUUGCCCCAUUAUUCUGAGCACAAAUGGAUUUGCACCUAUCCCAACAUCGUUGAAGCCUUUACGAUUUCAAGCAGCCUGGAUAACACAUGAUAAGUUUGAGGAAUUCAUGAGGGCAAAUUGGAAUAAUUCUUUGCCUCUAAUCCCAUUUCUCUCGGAUUUUGCUGUCAAGUUGAAUUCCUAG